UCAGAUACACGUCAUCACGUUUAGGGCGCGGUCUCUGUGAACCAGCAGCCCACGAGCCAUAAGAGGAAGUUCAACUUCCUUCAGGCUCGUGCUGCUGCAGCUGGAACAGCAGGUGAGCGCGUGAGACACGCAGGUGAGAUGUACUACCGACUGAACGGAGUGACGCAGCGGCUCACCGGAGCUCCCGCCGCCGCCUGCAGCCCGCAGGGUCUGCGUCCAGGUGUCCCACCUGUCAGUCCUCCGGCCAUCUUUGCAUCUCCGACGAAGCUGGCAUCAGAAACAGGAAGUCAGGUUGAGUACCUGGGAGCCAACCGAGUCCCCGACCUGCAGAGACUCUUCCAGAGGUCGGACAGACUCCCGGUCCACCUGAAGGGGGGCGUGAUUGACAAGCUGCUGUACCGGACGACCAUGAGCCUGACGGCGGGGGGGGUGCUCUACUGCCUGGUGGCACUCUACUUUGCCGCUCAGCCCAGCGACAAGUGAUGCUGCUGCACUCUGAUUGGACGACAGGAUUCUGUGCACUGACAAAAGGAGGAGGGACAGCCGGGGGUUUCUGAUGACGCGUUCAGGGACAGCCGGAGGUUUGGGACGACGCGUUCAGGGACGGCCGGAGGUUUGGGACGACGUGUUCAGGGACGGCCGGAGGUUUCUGACGACGCGUUCAGGGACGGCCGGAGGUUUGGGACGACGCGUUCAGGGACGGCCGGAGGUUUCGGACGACGCGUUCAGAGACGGCCGGAGGUUUCGGACGACGCGUUCAGGGACGGCCGGAGGUUUGGGACGACGCGUUCAGGGACGGCCGGAGGUUUGGGACGACGCGUUCAGGGACGGCCGGAGGUUUCUGACGACGCGUUCAGGGACGGCCGGAGGUUUCUGACGACGCGUUCAGGGACGGCCGGAGGUUUGGGACGACGCGUUCAGGGACGGCCGGAGGUUUCGGACGACGCGUUCAGAGACGGCCGGAGGUUUCGGACGACGCGUUCAGGGACGGCCGGAGGUUUGGGACGACGCGUUCAGGGACGGCCGGAGGUUUCUGACGACGCGUUCAGGGACGGCCGGAGGUUUCAGGCGACGCGUUCAGGGACGGCCGGAGGUUUCGGACGACGCGUUCAGAGACGGCCGGAGGUUUCGGACGACGCGUUCAGGGACGGCCGGAGGUUUGGGACGACGCGUUCAGGGACGGCCGGAGGUUUCUGACGACGCGUUCAGGGACGGCCGGAGGUUUCUGACGACGCGUUCAGGGACGGCCGGAGGUUUCGGACGACGCGUUCAGAGACGGCCGGAGGUUUCGGACGACGCGUUCAGGGACAGCCGGAGGUUUCUGAUGAUGUGUUCAGGAAUAGUCUGUUAACAGAGCUCUGUAGAAAACUGAUGAUGAAGAUGACACAUAAAUAAUAAAGUUUAUUUUGUUGUUAAAGAA